AUGUCAGAAUACCGUGAGAGGGGAAAAUGGGAAAACAAGACCGAGUUUAUACUAUCUUGCAUCGGCUAUGCUGUCGGUCUUGGAAAUGUGUGGAGAUUUCCUUAUCUUUGCUACAAAAAUGGAGGAGGUGCUUUCUUGGUUCCUUAUUGUAUCUGCCUACUUACUGGAGGAAUACCAGUCUUCUUAAUGGAGAUAGCCUUGGGUCAGUACUUCAGUCAGGGAGGAAUAACCGUGUGGGAUCUCUGUCCUCUCUUUAAAGGUAUCGGAUAUGGAACAUCUGUGAUCUGUUUCUUCCUCAAUACCUAUUAUAUUAUCGUUUUGAGCUGGACUGUUCUGUACCUGUUUCAUUCAUUUACGUCAGUGUUACCGUGGGUUUCGUGUAACAACGAAUGGAACACUGAGAACUGUUGGAAUGGAACACCUAAUCCAACUUCUUCCAACGUGUCUGUUCCUGCUAUUGUUCUUCAACAAAACACCCACACAACUGAUGGAACACGCAAAACAGUGGACGCAGUUGUGGAGUUCUGGGAACGAAAGAUUCUGAAAAUCUCAAAUGGCAUUGAUGAGCCGGGAACUAUAAAGUGGGACUUGGCUCUGUGUCUUUUGUUGGUGUGGAUUCUCUGCUAUUUUUGCAUAUGGAAAAGUGUAAAAUCUACAGGAAAGGUGGCGUACUUCACAGCAUUGUUUCCUUACGUUAUGCUGACAAUACUAUUUAUUAGAGGAGUUACCCUUCCUGGUGCUAAGGAGGGAAUAAUUUAUUUUCUGUAUCCUGACUUCUCUCGCUUGUUGGAUGGAGAGGUUUGGAUUGACGCUGGGACACAGAUUUUUUUCUCCUUCGGCAUUUCUUUGGGGAGUAUGAUAGCCCUUGGCAGUUACAACAGCUUUCACAACAACUUUUACAAGCAAUGCAUUGUAAUUGCUUUGUGCAACAGCUGUACAAGUAUUUAUGCUGGUUUUGCCAUAUUCUCUGUCGUGGGUUUCAUGGCAAAUCAACAAGGAAAACAAAUUCAAGAAAUAGCUGAGUCAGGUCCAGGUUUGGUGUUUAUUGCCUAUCCUAAAGCCGUAACAGAAAUGCCCUUGUCACCUCUGUGGGCCAUUCUGUUCUUUUUCAUGAUCCUCGUCUUAGGUCUGAAUAGUCAGUUUGUAGCCGUGGAAGGAGUUAUUACAGCUAUGGUGGACGUAUUCCCUCACAUCUUUAGAAGAGGAUAUAGAAGAGAAUAUUUCAUCGCAGUUGUUUGCUUGAUUUUGUUUCUUCUUGGAUUAUCGAUGGUUUCAGAGGGUGGAAUGUAUGUCUUCCAGCUGAUGGACUAUUACAGCGCUAGUGGGAUUACGUUAUUAUGGUUCUCUUUCUUUGAAACUGUUGUAGUGACAAGGAUCUAUGGGGUGGAUCGUUUCUAUGGCAAUAUUGAGGAGAUGCUUGGAUACCGUAUAAACCCAUGGCUGAGCUGGUGCUGGCUGUACUUUACUCCGUUAACUACAGCUGCUAUCUUUGUCUUCAGCAUUGUCACGUACGACCCUCUGACCUAUAACGUUUACUACCAGUAUCCAAAAUGGGCUAUUGCUAUUGGUUGGCUUCUUGCACUUACAUCAAUGGUGUGUAUACCGUCUUACGCCAUUUUUAAAUUCUUCUCCACUCCAGGAACGUUUCUACAGCGGUGGAAUUUCUUGACAACUUCAACUCUGAGUUCCAGUAAGACUGAAGAUAAACAAGAAACUACUUUAAACACUACUGAUGCUGCUUCCUCAUUUGUACUGCCAACAAAUCUAUCAGGAAUAGAUCCACCAGCUGACUGUUCUGAAGUAGUUGGUUAUAAAACAACAUUACCACAUUAA